ACUAAAGAGUGAAGAAGAGGAAGAAAACAUGUUGAAUUCUCAGAUCACUCAGUCUCACUCUAUUCAAAACCUACUUCCACUCCAAAAGCCCUUCAUUGGCGGCGAUGCCACCAAUCAUUCCUCCUCCGCCGCCUACUCUCCGGUUUUUCUCACAACCACCAAGAAAUCCACCACCGCUCGCACUCGUUCCACCUCUGCUGGUAGCAUUAAAGCCAUAAGCUUGAUUGAUAUCUUUACCAAGACCACUGCUGUCAAGGGUGUCAUCACCAUCCAACCAACCAUAAGCUCCGCCCUCUCUGGUGUUGGUGUUGGUGGCGUUAUUGAUGGCGUCACUGAUCUUCUGGGACUCUCCUUCUUGAUCGAGCUCGUGUCUGUUGACCUUGAUUCAAAAGGAAACUUGAAGACGGUAAAGGAUUAUGCAAGAUACGAUGCAUUAGAUUUUGGGAGCAGCGUAUACAAAUACAAUUGCAAUUUUGACGUCCCUGAUGAUUUCGGAGAGAUAGGAGCCGUGUUGGUAGAGAAUGAAUACAGCAAGAAGAUGUUCUUCAAGGAUAUUGUACUUAGCAACGAUGUCAUAUUCUCAUGUGACUCAUGGGUUCAUUCCAAAUAUGAUAACCCUGAAAAGAGGAUCUUCUUCACAAACAAGUCUUACCUUCCAUCAGAAACUCCAACUGCUCUGAAGUCCUUAAGAGAGCAAGAUUUGGCUUCUCUUCGAGGUAACGGCGAAGGAGAACGUAAAUCGUAUGAGAGGAUUUACGAUUAUGAUUUAUACAAUGAUCUUGGAGCUCCUGACCUGGACAUAAGUUUAGCAAGACCGGUCCUAGGUGGUGAGGCACAUCCUUACCCUAGGCGAUGUCGUACUGGUCGGAAAAUGUCAUCUAAAGAUCCAUUGACUGAGACCAGAACGUUGCUCCCGUUUUACAUACCUGCCGAUGAAGAUUUCUCAGAGAUAAAGACGGUGACCUUUGGAGCGAGGACUUUGUACUCGGUGCUUCAUGCUGUCCUACCUAUUUUAGACUCAGCUUUGACAGACAAAGAAAAGGGAUUUCCCUUGUUCACUUCUAUAGAUUUGCUUUUCAACGAAGGUGUCAACGUACCUCCCCCUGACAAUGGACUUCUAAGUGUUUUACCUAGACUUAUCAAAGGUGCUACAGAUUCUACAAACACUGUUAUCAAGUUUGAGACCCCUGAAACCAUUGACAGGGACACAUUCUCCUGGUUUCGUGAUGAGGAAUUUUGUCGACAAACGCUUGCUGGCCUCAAUCCAAUUAGCAUACAGUUGGUUACAGAAUGGCCAUUGAUGAGUAAAUUGGAUCCUGAAGUUUAUGGACCAGCCGAAUCUGGUAUCACCAAGGAGAUUGUUGAACAAGAGAUAAAAGGGUUCAUGACUCUUGAAGAGGCUUUAGCACAAAARAGAUUGUUCUUGUUGGAUUACCAUGAUAUACUCUUGCCAUAUGUAAACAAAACGAGAGAGCUUAAUGGGACAACUCUCUAUGGUUCAAGGACUUUAAUGUUCCUUACUCCAACUGGAACAUUGCGGCCACUAGCCAUAGAGUUGACUCGCCCACCAGUUGACGGGAAACCACAGUGGAAGCAUGUGUACACGCCCUGUUGGGAUGCCACUGGUGCAUGGCUUUGGAAGCUAGCUAAGGCUCAUGUCCUUGCUCAUGAUUCUGGCAUUCACCAGCUUGUUAGCCAUUGGUUGAGAACUCAUUGUUGUACUGAGCCUUACAUAAUUGCUACCAACCGCAAUCUUAGCCAAAUGCAUCCUAUUCGACGAUUACUCCUCCCACAUUACCGAUACACGAUGCAAAUCAAUGCUCUUGCUCGACUGGCUCUCAUUAAUGCCGAAGGUAUUAUAGAGUCAUCAUUCUCUCCUAGAAAAUAUUGUAUGCAACUUUGCUCUGAUGCCUAUGAUCAGCUUUGGCGCUUUGAUCAUGAAGCACUUCCAAAUGACCUAAUUAGCAGGGGCAUGGCUAUCGAAGAUCCAACCGCACCACAUGGCUUGAAACUAAUAAUCGAGGAUUACCCUUAUGCCAAUGAUGGUCUACUUCUUUGGGAUGCCAUUAAAGAAUGGGCUACAUCCUAUGUGAACCACUACUACCCACAAGCUAAUUUGGUAGAAUCCGACGUAGAACUUAAAGCAUGGUGGGAAGAAAUUCGCAAUGUUGGACAUGGAGAUAAGAAGGAUGAACCGUGGUGGCCACAACUUAAAACCCAAGAAGACUUGAUUGGAAUUGUGUCAACUAUCAUGUGGGUAACUUCUGGUCACCAUUCAGCUGUUAACUUUGGACAAUAUGACUUUGCUGGUUAUUUCCCCAACAGGCCAACCAUUGCCAGAACCAAAAUGCCUAAUGAAGACCCAAUAGACGAAGAAUGGCAAACAUUCCUAAAGAGGCCCGAAGAUUUUUUAUUGAAAAGUUUCCCUUCCCAAAUUCAAGCAACUCAAGUUAUGUCAGUUCUAGAUGUUUUAUCAAGUCACUCACCUGAAGAGGAGUAUAUCGGUGCACAACUAGAGCCGGCAUGGGCGGCAGAUUCGACUAUAAAGACCGCAUUUGAAGAGUUCCGCGGGAAGUUGGAGAAACUUGAAGGCGUUAUAGACUCGAGGAACACUGAUUACAAUUUGAAGAACCGAAGUGGUGCAGGAUUGGUUCCAUACCAGCUUUUGAAGCCUUAUUCUGAAUCCGGUGUGACCGGUAAAGGUGUUCCAAACAGCAUAUCCAUCUAGUUAAUUGGCUUUCAUCCAUGGAAGCUAGUAAUAAAGGUUUCCAAGAUCUAUCCUUGGGUCCGUGAGUGUGGAAAUAAGGUCAUAAUCCAUGGUUUCAUUUUGUUUUGUUUUUGUGUGUCAUUUGGAAUAAGCUCAUCUGUGUCAUGUUGUAUUAUUGGUCUACAAAAUUGAGCCCAAAACCAAUCAAGUAGGUUGGAUUCUUUUGUGCCUAACAUAAAUGGUUGGGAAUUGGAAAUGUAAGAUGUGAACAAGAAUCUUGGUUCUAUAAAUAAUUAUAAAGUAUUUGUACAAGACUCUAUAUGAAUGUUCAUGAACAAUAGUUAUUGUAUC